GAAAAGUGUUGCGUGGUAUGAUCACUGUAGAAAAAGAACGCAAAAAAGUGCGCAUAUUCUAUCGCAACUUCAAUAACGUUAUAGUUGUUAAGAAUGUUAAAUAUUUUAAUGAAGUGGCUGAAGAAACAUCGGAAACGUACUUUGCAUCCAAUGGAAAAAUAGUUUUGCAUUUUUGGCCCAGAUAUAAUUAUUUAUUACAUGCGAUACGUUCACCUCCGAAACCUAUUGAACGAAUUUUACCGAAACUGGAAUUAAUGUGGAAAUCUGAUAAUUUGCUAUUUAAGCAUUAUCAAAAGAAGAAGAAACUCACGUUAGAGAAUGUCCAGUGCUAUUUACACAACCACCCCGAAAUCGUGGAUUUAUUUUACGAUUACAUACACAGCUUGCUACAAAAGAAACCAGAAGUGGUGUUCCCAUUUUCAAUAAAAUUUUUCCAAAAUAUAAAGAAUACUUACUAA